UAUUACUUUUCCGAACACAAAUGACACAAUACAAAAACCAAAAACACGCCACACUUCUUCUCUCUCUCUCUCACUCUACACUCUCCCUUGGCUUUCUUCGUUAGCCGCACUCCCUCCACAUCCUUCUUCUCAAUAAAAAAAGAAGUAAAUAAAUUAAAAAAAAUAGAAAACCCUUCUCACUUCUUACUUCGUUAUUUUUCGCCACCGUUUUUUCUCCGUUUACAACGACGGCGCCACCAUGUGGUCCUAGAGGUUUUUAGUUUUUUAAUCUUAGCAUUUAGAAAGCUUGCACUGGUUUCUCUGUGGAGCGUGGUUUUUUUAAUUGACCUAGUUUCGGCGACGAUGUUAUAAUUUUGUGGUUGGAAAUGGGAUAAGAAAUGACGAAGGGUUUAUGGAGAACACACGGUUGAGAUCUUCUGAAGGGUUUACCUGGGCAACCCACAACGUUGUAGUCGGUCUUUUUAACAUAUUAAGAUUAAAAUGAAACCGCAGAACGGUGGGGUGUCUAGAGUUCAAAAAGGAAAUCAUUCUACUCAAGUUGAAGGGCCUAAUUGGAUUCUUAUUGCUGCCGGUGCUUUGUUGAGUACAUUAUCCGUUCGUCUUGGUUACAAAUUGAAGCAGGCACUUGAUUCGAAGCCAAAGCAGAAUUCAACUAGUGUUCCAAAAGGAAAUGGAAAACCUUUCAACAUGAGGAAAUCCCCAGAUUGCUUUAUGCAGUCUAAUGGAUAUUCCCAUGCACAAGAUAAUCAUGGCUGCUUUAGCUGCAAUUCAGGAACUGGAAGUCAUAUGGAACUUAAGUGCCCACCAAACGGCCAGACAUUGAGUGAAUCUGAUGGUGCCCUCCCUUUGGUGACUGUUCCUGCUACUGAAUAUAACAAGGAAAAUGGUGUCAUGUGGGCAUGCUCUCCUGACCGUCUUGAAUUGCCUUCGAAGCCAUUCCACCAUUCAAACUGCUCAGAUUCUCCAUGUGUAUCUGAAUCUGGGUCCGAUAUUUUUAGCAAGCGGGAAGUCAUACAGAAACUGCGGCAACAAUUGAAGAGAAGAGAUGAUAUGAUCCUAGAGAUGCAAGAUCAAAUAGCUGAAUUGCAAAGCUCACUCAAUGCUCAGCUCGGACUAUCUUCUCAUUUGCAAAUGCAGCUUGAAUCUGCAAACAGAGAGUUAUUUGACUCGGAGAGAGAGAUCCAACGUCUGAGGAAAGCAAUCGCUGAUCACUGUGUUGGACGUGUUCCACACGAUAAAUCUUCCACCGUCGCUGCCUGGCCAGCUGAGGCUAGAAACGGCCAUGCAAAUGGCCAUCUAGAUGGGGAGAAUAAUUUGGAGUCCCCUGAGAAAACAAGGGAUGAUGAGGAGAGAAUCGAGAUGCUUAGAAAGCAAGUAGGAGAGUUGAAAGAGGUAAUUGAAGGGAAAGAAUUCUUGCUCCAGAGCUACAAGGAACAGAAGGCAGAGUUGUCUCUGAAAAUCAGGGAAUUGCAACAUAGAUUGGAUUCUCAGCUGCCUAACAUUUUGUAGAACCUAUUAGAAGUAUGUGAAUUCUUUGCAUCUUUUACAUUUUGACAAAGCUUCACUGUCACUGCCUCCCCUCA